AUGAGGAUUCAUUGGAAUAGAGUGAUCAGAUGGAUGGCAUUUGAGGCUUUCAAGCUAAAAGGCCUCUCUGAACAAGUCCGAAACGAAUUCAUUAGAGAAGCUGGAGAGAGGUUGCAGGACCAUCUAGCCAGAGAGGCAGAAGAGAGAGCUCAUAGAGAAGUUGAAGAAAAAGAUCGCCUGGAAGAAGAAGAAAGAGCAAGAGAAGCUGCAGAAAAGGCUGCCGCUGAGGUUGCUGCUGCUACAGAAGUUGAAGCCAAAGCCAAGGUUAAUGCUGAAGAAGCAGCACACAUAGCUGCAGAAGAAGCUGCCAAGGGUAUAGAUGAUGCUCUGACUCAGGGGGAGAAAUCUUACUUUGAUGUCUCUCCUUUAGUGUUGAAGACUCUAGAAGAGCUACAGAAAGAGAAGCAGAUUCUGCGAGCAAGAUUGGAUCGACAGGACUCCGUCAACUCCAACAUUCAGAACCUGCUGACUCAGUUGCUUCAAAGGAUGCCGCGUCCUCCAAACCCUUAG